GAGUUAGGAAAGACAGUCAUUUUUUCCUCUAGUCCUGAGGGGUCUCCUUCUCUAGCCUAUAUAAGGCACUGGGAGCUGCUCAGGAGUUCCACAGCUCCUGUGUGCUUCAGGAACACCGCCAACAAGCUGCAGCUCGCUCCUCUCACAAGGGAAUAAUACCUACAGCUCUCCAGCGCGCAGAGGAAACUGCUCCGGAAUUAUCAACUGGAUAGAAAGUGAGAAAGAUAGAGGUUGUGUCUGGGACUUCACACACAAUCUGCUGUCUGCUGGAGUCUAAAAAGUCGAAACCCAGACAGCUGAAGUGUCAGAAUGACCUGUGUUGCCAUGACCUGGCUCCCUGUCCUCUCCCUCCUGCUGUUGUGCCUCAGGGACUCAGCUCCCCUCUUCCUGCCCGACUCCAAUGAGCUCAGGCAGCUGCUGAGCCGCUACGAGGAGGAAGCAGACCAGAACGGCACCAUCAACACAGCUGGCAUUAGGACCCGACGAGCCAUCCGCUGGUCGGACCGUGAGGAGAUCCUCCAGCUGCACAACAAGCUGAGGGGCGCCGUCUACCCCACUGCCUCGAACAUGGAGUACAUGGUUUGGGAUGAUGAGUUGGAGCGUUCCGCCACUCACUGGGCAGAGCAGUGUCAGUGGGACCAUGGACCUCAGGACCUGCUCAUGUCUAUCGGACAAAACCUGGCUGUUCACUGGGGAAGAUACCGUUCUCCUGCCUUCCAUGUCCAGGCCUGGUACGAUGAGGUGAAAGACUACACCUACCCCUACCCCCAAGAGUGCAAUCCCUGGUGUCCAGAUCGCUGCUCCGGGCCUAUGUGCACCCAUUACACCCAGCUGGUUUGGGCAACCACUAGCCGAGUGGGCUGCGCUGUGCACGUGUGUCCAAGGAUGGACGUGUGGGGCGAAACAUGGGAGAACUCAGUAUACCUUGUGUGCAACUAUUCCCCAAAGGGCAACUGGAUCGGCGAGGCUCCAUACCAGCAUGGCCGCCCUUGCUCCCAGUGCCCUCCCAGCUUUGGAGGAGGAUGUAAGAAUAACCUGUGCUACAAAGACUCGCAGCGCUCAGAGACAGAGGACAUGAACGAGGUGGAGAAACCUCAGGUUCCCCUGCCACCUCGUACCACCGCCAAACCUGCCCCCAAACCUAAACCCUCUCCACCGAAGAAAUCAGCAUCCAAACCUUUCAUUCCUAAGCCCACCACACACAGGACACCAUCUUCAAAGAGCCCCAGCAACACCUUUCUUGCUCAGAACAUUAAGUGUGAGACUAGACUGCGGGAUAAGUGUAGAGGCGGAACCUGCAACAGAUACAAUUGUCCUGCUAAUUGUCUAAAUAAGAAAGGGAAAGUCUGGGGAACCGUCUUUUACGAUGUGCAAUCGAGUAUUUGCCGAGCUGCUAUCCACUUUGGUGUCAUCGACAACAAUGGAGGAUUGGUCGAAGUCACAAGGAAGGACAAGUUGCCAUUCUUUGUCAGAGCCACUAAGAAUGGCAUAGAGUCCUACAGUAAAUAUAAACCCAGCAAUGCCUUCGUGGUGGCCAAAGUGGAAGAAACAACUGCUGACUGCUACACCACAGUGGCUGAAAUCUGCCCUUACAAAAAGCCUGACUCCCGCUGUCCAAGAAUCUUCUGUCCGGCAAACUGCAAGACUCAGCCUUCCUAUUGGUCACCUGUGAUUGGAAACAACAUUUACACAGAUAGCUCCAGUAUUUGCAAAGCAGCCAUCCAUGCAGGGGCAAUCAAAGCAGACGGUGGUUUUGUGGAUGUUCUGCCCCUGGACAAGAGAAAGCACUAUGCUGGGGUCCUGAAAAAUGGCAUCCAGUCGGAGAGCAAGAGCAGCACAGAGGGUGGCUCUUUUCGAAUUUUUGCUGUGAGGGAGUGAGACUUAGGAUCAGAAGUCCAGAGACCAACAGAGUCACCGCAGCUGCUCUUGAAGAGCAGGAAGUGCCCACAGGUUGGAUACCAUGGCUGUUCUUCUGUCUCUGUCUCUGUGCCUUCAGUGGAAAAAGAACGUCCCAGCAGAUUUUCCCCUCUUAGUUCAUAAACAAUAGCAACCCAGUAAAAGUUGUCCAAAAUUUUGAAAUACCGUUAUACCAAAUACAGAUUUUU